AUGUCACAUUUACUUUGGUCAUGUCAUUUGUGUUGUUUGUGAAAUAGUUGCUUACAGAAAGCAUUAUAAGCAGGCAACAGCAAUAUUUUACAUUAUUAUUUCAAACAGAUAACCAACAUCGAUGUAAAAAUGCCAUUAACAAAAACGGAAGCACUAAAAGAAACUGUGACGGUGUUAAUUAAUGCUAUAGGAGAUAAGGAGAACUCAGUCAACAAUGUUGUCAUAAAGUCCCUCACGAAGAUAGCGAAUAACUACCCGAAUGAAGUGAUUGGUAUAUUUUGCGACUAUUACAAGAAUGCGACGUUCAUCACUAGUACACAUUUGGGAAAUGUUGUAAAAGUCCUAGAGCAAACAUGCGUGAACCAAGUAAAGCGCCUGGACAAGGCCAUAGCAGAAGAGUUGACAAGCAACGUGCUCCGCAUAAUGACAGAGAACUCUGAGCCAGAUCCUGCCGUGCAGAUAGGGGCGUCGGCAGUGCUGGUUGCGAUCGGACAUGAGCAUCUGGAUUUGGUCCUCCGAUCGCUCAUAAACCAGCUGCCAGCAUCUUCAGUGCCUCACUACACGAUUGCACACACGCUGGGCACGUUGGCAGCGGUCAACACACGUGCAACAGUGCCACAUGUUAAGGAGGUGCUGUCCAGGAUGCUGCCUCUGCUGCCGCUGCUGCGUCAGAACGCCAACAAGCAGGCCUUUGCUUACGCAUUCGGCCACUUCGCAGUCGCCGUAUCAGAGCAGAUCGGCGACAACGUCGAAAACGACAACAUAACCUCCAUCAAAGACAACUUUGUCACCGAAUUCUCACUCAUAUUCGACGUCUUAUACAACCAAUGGCUACCUUCAAAUGAGCCUAGAGUCGCCGAGUCCGUGCUGGAGGCUUUAGGCCCCAUUACUAGACUCAUAUCUGAAAGACAGUUUAACGAUACUGUCAAUAAAUUCAUGCUUUCAUUGCUCAGUCUUUACAGAAGAUCGCACCUGAAUCUAUAUUACGUCAGUCAAUGUAUAUCGUAUUUACUCACACCAUCGGCUCUCAACCCGAAACUUACUUUGCAAGACAGCGUAAUAACCUCUAUAAAUCAUGUCCUCUUUAAUUUAGUUCUCUUAGAGCCUGAUUACGAUCAGCCGCAUACAGUGAAAAAUCAUUUUGAAGUACUACGUUGCUUCGAUCAUAUGACCACGCAGUUUCCUGACCAUACUGUCGAAGGCCUCUUACAUCAGUGUAAGAAUAAUCAGGAGAAGGACAGAAUGAAAGCUGUCAUCGUUCUCACUCAUCUGAUCACGUCUUCACAAAUAUUUAUCGAAAGAUUCGCUGCGAAGUUUAUAGUUUUACUCAAAAUUAUGAUUGCGAACGAGCAAGGGUUAAAAAUGAAAAAGUUACUCGUCAAAGCGAUUGUAGGAUUGGUUUAUAGAAACUGUAUAACUGUUGCGGAAGAUUUUGCUAUGGUCGAGUUCAUAAUAAAACAUUGUGGCUUCGAACCAGUAGGGAAUAUCCCUAAGCAUGAGCUCACAGAUUUGCACGAUACGUGUAAGAGUUCGCUAGUGCUGAUGUGCAAUACUGUGACCAGCGUAAGAACUCCUCUACGUAAUUUACUGCUCAACGCUUUGACAGUCGAAGAGUUCACUCCUUCCAUGUCAACCGUAAGCCAUUGCUUGACGUCUUUGCUCCAGAAUAAUUCAGAUGUCAUUGUUGAAGAUCAAAACGAGAAAGCUGUUGAACUAAAAUGCUCUCCAGACCUUGUUUUUAUUCGAUGCAUUACCCAUAUAGCUGUCCCUGAGGAGAUCGAGAGGAAUAGGAACUUAUUGUUGUUUUUAGAGGAAUAUUCAGGAGAUGUUCAUAAGAAUUUAAAGAACUCCUGGACUGUUGAGAUUCAGAGGCUUUUAAAGUUUGUAGAAAAGAACGAAUCUCAAGAUCAAUGGCUUGGAAUGUUGCUUGAUCUCUUAGUGUCAGCAGUGGAACAGGUGAACAAUAAUAAUUGGGUAGAGACGAUUGCCACUUUACUAUCCCAACAGAUAAACGGAAAAAAGCAGGGAAAUAUGAUUAAAGGAGUAUCUCUUCAGUAUUUAGCUAUUCUUUCCUGCCACAUGUCUAAUGCUGCUGUUGUGGAAAAAGUCCUAAAACUAAUUCUACAUCAGUUGAGAUCAAUACCUUUGGAGAUUUCUGAUUAUGUCAGUGAAGCUAUAGGUAUAGCUUCAAGACAGCAUGGAGAAUUUGUGGUAAACGAGCUAGAUGCAGCUUACAAGGACAAUGAAGCUCGAAGAAGCAGCAAAUUGCUUCAUUUCUUAUCACCAAGAGCGUCUAGAAGCGACGCUGAGCUUGGCAUCGUUAAAUACACCAUCAUUAUUUGUUACGGAAAAGUAGCUCACAAUUGCUUGGAUGUCCACGUUUUAGCAAGACUCGGGGAGAAUGUAACGGCGAUUUUGUAUGAGAUUCUAAAGUCUAAUCCGCAGUUUGACUUAUGUAAAGCCAGUAUAACGACACUUUACGAAAUAAGCAAAGCAUUAUAUCCAGCGUCGCAUCAUAAUAUCACUUUAAGGAACAGAUGGCAAUUGCUUAACGCCGUUUUAGAGCAGAUCUACAACUCAAACCUAGAGAAACGUAAUGUGGAACUGUAUCCUAUGAUUGUAAAAGCUUCUAAAGCGCUAACUAAACUACAAAAAGGUAUACUACCUGAAGAAAGAAAUACAAUUCUCCGCGUUUUAUUCAACAGCGUCUUUGGAGAAUUAUCCUCUUAUAAAAGGAAAUAUCAAAUGGAAGGGAAUGGAGAUAGAAACGAUCUCCUAGCUAAGACUUUAAAUGACAGCUUGUCAUUAUUACAUAGACUUAUCCAAGAACUGAUUAUACAAUCGACUUGUCUUAGCACAAUCGAUGAUUUAAUCGGACUGUUAAUCGAAUGGUUUCGACACGAAAAUGAUGAAAUUAGAACUGCAUCAAUACUGAUCUUACAAGUCAUGUUUGACACUUACAUCAAAAACGUUAAACUCAACUAUGAAACUCCAAGCAAGUUUGGCCAGAUGGGUUAUCUACUUGGACUAAUCGUCCCAGGCAUCGCUGACACCAACUUCCCAGUCAGACUAACGACAAUAGACUGCAUAAAACUGAUCAUACAAAUCCAAGACUUAUACGAAGGCCACACAAUAGAACCUAACGAUGAAUGCAUGGCCGAUUUAGCUGAAAUGCAGAAGAAUGUCCUCACGAAUGAUUUAGGAAUGAUAAAUGAUUACUGCAUGGUGUUAUGCGACGUUAUAUCUCCAAAAAUCCCUCAUCAUCACACAAUGCAGUUCGUGGAAAGUUUGCUGGAAGGUUAUGACGAUCAGGAGUUGAGAAGUGAGGGGAUUAGUGCGGUUUUAGACGCCCUGUUUAUUAAGCGAGGUCAGGAUCUGUUCCAGUGUAUAGAGAGGAUAGUGGAAGUGGUGCUGGGGACUAUGGACCGGAUGGGGGAGGUGUCGAGAGAGAAGCUGAUGGCGCCUCUGCUGUCGUUGUCGGGGCAUCACACUAAUGCGGUUACUGCUAUGUUGUUGGCGCAGAGGCUGCCUUUUAAAGAAUCUGUAGUCAGUUGCUGGCGCCAUCUAGCGCGAGAGGAGCGCCUAGCGAAUGCCAUUGUGGAUAACUUCCUACGUCUAAUGGGAUCUAUAGAGCUUUACGAGGACCCGUAUCACAUUACAGAGAAUCAUAUCGCGGCGUUACAGCCUUUGACUCUAAUAAGCGCCCUCGGAGAAAUGCUUCAAGAGGAAACCAUGAACCCGAUCUGCGAGUCCAAAUUCACGGACCUUUUCGCUGUGCUCUACACAACAUUAGCCUGUUAUAUAGAGGCCGAGCCUCCAGCCUACGCACCGGCUCAAAACAAGUCACAAGAGCGCUUUGGGUUCAUACCGAAUAGAGAUUUGAUUAGACUGUCGCCUGCAAAGAUCACUAUUAACACGUUUAAUGCUUUCUUGGAUAGAUCGGGGUGUUCUAAGGUGAAAGAAGCCUGCUCCCUCUGUCUAAGCGUCGAGCACGGCGAACCAAGCACGACCAUUCUCGAACUAGCCCCCAUACUAAGUUCAUCCAUCGCUCGCUGCAAACCGGCUUUAUUACCUAAACUAGUAUCCCGAGUGGCUGAACAUGCAAGGAGCGCUUUACCUCCGCAGAGAGCCGCGGCGCAUGCUGCCGCUCAUGCUGCGCUCACUUACAGAUGCAACGACAACCCAGUCCUCAUAGAAACAGUCCUGGCCAUCCUGAGCAUCGGUUGGAAGGACGAGCACCCGCGCGUGCGGGCGACGUGCCUGCGCGGCGCGGCGGGCGUGGCGCAGCUGCGGGCGGAGCACCGCGCGCAGGCGCUGCCCGGGGCGCUGGCGGCGUUGAGUCAGGGCGUCGAUGCGCCCGUUACCAUAAAAUCAACAGAAAACGUGCCUCUAGCUGCCAUCCAAGGCCUAAGCCGCCUGCUCCUCGACCUUGACAAACUAGACAAGGAACACGACAGGGAACUCCUCUCAAUCUCCCAGAAAAUACGACCAUUCAUGAACACGGAGUCCGGACAGCUUCGAGAGUGUUCUAUUAGGCUGUUCGGUAUUAUAGCAGGGCUGGUUAAGGGCGAGCUGGUCGAGCAGGCCGUAAGCUCGCUGCCUUGUUUCCUGCUGCAUUUGUGUGAUAACAACCCUGCUGUUGUUAGGGCAAGCAAAUUCACCCUCAAGCAGAUAUUCAAGAUCUUCAACGUAAAGAAAUCAAAUGAUCUCAUCCAAACGCAUUUACUAGACGAAGGGCGAUUGUACCUGGACGAGUUUCUAUCUGCGUUGCUACGUCAGUUGGCGGACGAGAUGCCAAGCAGCGUGGCCAAGUGUAUCCAGAGCAGUGUCAACUAUUUACAUUGUGCAAGGGAAGAUAUGAAGCCCCAUCCGCCUUUGUUGAUAGGCCUCCUCUACGCAGAGCUCCACCGCAUAUCGGAGAAGCACCCUGACGAAGUAGACCUCGACCCCGACGUGACGGCCACCGCCAAGACCCGCCUGCUGGCCCUCAUCAAGGACCCCAACCCCAUAGUCCGACAGAACUCCGCCUUGGCCCUGGCUAAUAUAUGCCUGGUUGAGGCGAGCGAUUGACCCCCACAAAUAUAUUGUUACAAGGGUGUUCAGUUUAACAAACGAUUUUAAAUACAUGUGACGUUUUCAACCAAAAGGUACCACAUUGUCGAUAAGGUUGAUUUCGAAUUGAAACUAUAUGGAAAUAGCGCCUUAUUGACAACCGACAAUAAGUACCCUUUUGGUUGAAAAUGGCACACAUGUUUACUGUUAUGUGUAAUAAACGAAAACAAAAUGCUCUCCUGAUCAAAAUACAUAUUAUGGAGUUUGCAAACAUUUGUCUGACGCGGGAUAAACUACAGUUUUGUGUCAAAAACUUCACUUUCUGACACAAUUUAUUGAACUACAAUGUUUACUUUUAAACGACUUGUAAUAGUUUUGUGUCAAAAAGUUUCUGACACAAUUUAUUCAAGUAAUACGUCAUCUGGCUCUCAUCAAGAACGCCAUCCCCAUCGUCCGGCAGAAGUCCGCCUUGACCCUGGCUAAUAUACCUAUAUGUCUGGUUGAGGCGAGCGAUUGACCCGUGACGAUUUAUUAGUGUUCAGUUUAGCGAACGAUUUUAAAUACAUGUUUACUGUUAUAUGAUGUGAAAUAUAAUGUAUAAUAAAAUAAACGAACACAAAAUGUUCUUAACAAAAAUUUCUUACUUUGGAGUUCGCGAACAUUUGUCUGAUGCUCGCGGGAAAUGCUUCAAAUGCUAUGUUAAAAUUUAGUUGCGUCGUGAGUCUCGUCUCUUGAUUGUCAUCAAGGAAAAUAGAAGAAUUAUACAGGAUGGCUAAAAAAUAAGUGCCUUUCCGUUGCCAGAGAGGUUUUGGGAUUAUACUGAGCAACUUUUACUAUGGGACCAAUCCCGAAAUCGCAAAAAAAAUUUGGCCGUUUCAUACAUUUUGGCUGAUCCAUUUUCUAUGGAAAGGUUAAUUUUUUUUCGCGAUUUCGUGGUUAGUCCCAUAGUAAAAGUUGCUCAGUAUAAUCCCAAAACCUCCCUGGCAACGGGAAUGCACUUAUUUUUUAGCCAUCGUGAAUAAUUCUUCUAUUUAAGGGGGUCAACUAUCUCUGCCGCUGAAUUUAUUAUGCAAUUUGGGUAGGAAAGCACAGUAUGGAAUUGGGGUUUAUUUUAAGGCAAAAACCAGUCAUAUUAUAAUUUCACCAGUUUUUAUAGAUUUAUACGUAGUCAGUGAUAUUAUUAUUUUUCAUAAUUAUUGCGUAUUUUGUUUUGAAUGGACUGAACACAAUUCUAAUAUAGAGUUUACGCGUUUUGUCUUUUUACAUACCUAUCUAAAUGUUGAAGUUGAAAUUGUAAUAAAUUAUUUUUAUGAAUUGAUUAUUAGAGUAGUAAGAUUAUUGUUUUUUUAUUACCAAAUGUGUGCAAUUACGUAAAUAUUAAUUUAAAAUUUAAGAGACUGAAAAUGUUGGUAUAAAGGGAUCUCGGGAUUUGUGACCUAACCUUUAACAGAGACGAGUGAAAAAUAAAGAUUGAAUUGCUCGAAACAAAGUUGCGUUCUUUUUGUGUUCUACAAUUUAGAUAGCGCCACCAGUCGCUAAAAUAUUUUGAGGUCUAAGUAACAACACGUUCCCUGUCCGGGUGCCCCUAAUGUGGGGCCAUAAGGGUUUUUUCAGGAGUCCGUGCUUCCACUAUGGGUUUACAACUUAAAGUGAAAGCACACUUGGACGGGUGACUUUGUCAUAUCAUUUUGUAUGGGGACAAUAAACGAGUUAAGUAAACAAAAUUACAUUCUCUCAUAAAGCACUGAGUCCAGCUCAGUCCACUGCGAUGUGACGCCAUUUAUAAUAAAUGAUGAAAAACGUAACUUUAUAUAGAGACUUCAGUUUGUAUUUACUUAUCUUAGCCUUUUUCUAAUUGUUGCGGUUGUUUUAGGUGUGCAAAUAAAACUGAUAUCUUUGUCAAUUUAUAUUAUUCCAAAAUAAACAUUUAAAUACAAUUUACUAAAUCCAUAUAUGCCAAAUGUAAAUUAAAAUACUUACCUAGAUUCCAAAGCGAUAUAAUUAUAAAUGAGAGUACAAUGUAUUAGGUUCACUAGUGAAAAGUUAAAUAAGGGCAUCUCUUUCGAUUGUCGUGUAAAAGAAAGAUACGCCAUCAAUAAUUUGUGAACACACUGUUUUCCAUAACAAGAACUAAUGUUGAAAAUGUAUAUGUUAAAAUAGGAUAACAGUCUUUUCAAUUAUAUGCUUUUUUUAUGUAUACAUUAUAAAAUCUGCUUCUAAUUUGUAUAUAAAAAUACCUAUUUUAGAUUUUUCCUUCUUAUAAAUAAAUAUAGUCCGAUAUUUGUGACGUUUUCAACCAAAAGGUUGUCGGUUGUCGACAAGGUUGAUUUCUAAUUGAUUGGUUGAAAAUGGCACAUUUGAUCAAUAUUUUAAGGUGAUUUAUCUAAUUCAUUACCAUCACUAACAACAUGUACUGUGGUACAGAUGUAGUGCAUAAUUGAGUCGCUUAACUUCAAACUCGGGCAUAGACAUAGUAUAGUAGUUAUAGACAUGAAACCGAGCGACCAGGGGUAAGAGAAAGACAUAUUCAUGUAUUGACAGGUUAAUGUAUGGCAGCAUAAUCCUUUUUCUAUUUCACUCUUAUAAAUCUCGGUAUUUCGCCAUCGCCUCCUACCUAUGCUGCCAUAACCCGACCAUGAAAAAAAAACCCGGUCGGUGAUAAGGACAAAGCAUGGCACUAUUUUAUCUUUCCUCUUAUAGGAAUCGCAAUAAGACUAUCUUUCUCUAUCAAAGAGUGUCAGGCCCUUGAACUCGGGUAAAUCCAUCUGUCAGAUUAUACGAUUUUGGUAUUAAGAAAACGUAAUAGAGUAGAUAUUUAAAAAAAAAUUGUAAAUGCCCCUGCCACGCUACAAAUGUUCAAUAAAGGUCCGCAUGCAAUGUCUAUAAAAAUGUUUAAUCAAAUUCCCCAACAUAUUUCAAACGAAAAAAAAAACUCACAACUUUUAUAAAAAAACUAAAGGCCUACUUAUUAUAGUUAUGCCCAUAUUCCUUGCAGGAUUUCUUCCAAGACCAACCUUAGCCUCGAUUGUGUAUAGAUAUGUAAUGAGUGCAAUAUUAUACUUAUAUAAUAAUGAAAAAUGUUAAGAUUGUAUUCCUUUUGUAGUUAUAAGCCAAUAUUCAAUUAUUCACCACUACCUACUGGGUAAGAAUAAUUAUAAUGUAAACUGCUACACCCUAGUAGGGUCCAUGUUUGUACUUAAGUAGACUUUUAACAUCUUUGUAAAAUACCAUGGUUGCAUUGAAUAAAUGAUAUGCUAUGAUAUGAUAUUUGCUGAGAGGGUCGAAUGGAUUUACCCAAGUUUGAAGUUAAGCGACACAAUUGGUUUCCAUCGCAUUUUCUCGGAAACAUUCGUAUUUGUCAUGCUACUUCAGUCAACCUCAGUACUUUUUGUACCGAGACUGACUGAAAUAGCAAGACACGUUCGUACGUUUCCGUAAAAAUACGAUGGAAAAUAAUUAUGCAAUUAAGUUUGA